AUGAUGCGUAUUGCCAUUGCCGGGGCCGGCUGGUUGUCCAGCCUGCUCACUCUUCACAUUUCACAAACAGGCAACCCAGUUCUCAUACUGUCGAGAAGUGCGCGACCAGACUUUGAGGCCGACUUCGAUUGCCAAGUUGCCGUGGUUGAUUAUGACGACGCAACUGCUAUCCAGUUUGCUCUCCAGGGCGUAGAUCUCGUCAUUAGCACUUUUCGCGGCCCCGCACAAAUCAACCUCAUCCACGCCGCACGACGGGCCGGCGUUCGCCAUUUUGUACCGGCAGAAUUCGAAGGUGGACUCGCUCAUAGACCAGCGACAGACGACCCUUUGGACUAUGGAUCCUCAGAAGCGCUGGACCUUCUCCGAACGUAUGCCGGGGCGAAGUCUCGGAACUUUCAGUGGACGGUGUUCUCGUGCGGAGUUUUCUAUGAGCGGUUCGGCCCUGGAGGUCUUGGAGCGUACGGCAUGGGCGCAUCGAGCAACUUAGCAAACCAGGGCGAUUACCUCGUCAAUGUCGGAGCGGGGACAGCAGACAUUGUUGAGACAAGUUCCUCCGGCCGGCCAGUCCAAGUGUGUCUGACCAGUAUGGACGACUUGGCUCGUUUCGUUGCCGCAGCCAUUGAGCUUGGUUUGGCAUCCUGGCCCAGAGAAUUCAAGGUGCGAGGUGAUCGCUUGUCGACUCGUGAUAUUUUUGCGGCCUGCAGCUACGUUCUCGGAGGGGGUCUCACCCUUCGCACCCGCAAACAGUCGAGGCUCGAGCAGGAGCAGGCCCAGUGUGCGUCAACCCAGGAUUGGACGCAGUGGCACUAUAUUCAACAAUUACGCGCGACCGCUGACAGGCGAUACGACUUUGGACACGCGAACCUCAACGACGUAAUCGCGCGUGCUGAUCCCAGCGUCCAGCCUGUGGGAUUUCGUACAUGGCUGGCGACACAGUGGGCACCAGACACCUAA